CUCAGUGUUAACUCAGUAAGCUGGGGACUAUGUUCUACAAUGUGGCUGCAGGAUUGUACUUGUGUGGUCUCGUGUCUGCCACGACAGGAUCUGAUUAUAUCGUUGCACGUGUUGGUCAUAACGUGACCAUCUCCCUCAACACGUCCCAGGCUGGACAAGAGUAUAAAGUCGGCGUGGAAGUUAAUCUUACAGAAUUUCUCUUUUUAAAAACUGACACUGAGCUUAACAUUGUGCACAACAGCCAUACAUGGUACAGAGACAGAGACAUCCCAGCGAACAUCACCCCAUCAGAGUUCCGGUUUACACUGUAUAAUGUCACUACAGAGGACGCAGGUCUCUACGAAUGUCGGACGUUUGACACAAACAAGGGGAUACCUGGCUGUGACCAGCUUCUCGUUGUGGCACAGAAACCUUCACAGCCGAGCAUCACUGGAUCUACAUCAGCUGACUCAGGUGGGCGUGUCACCCUGACAUGCUCCUCCUCUUCUCAGAGUCUCCCCCCCCGGACCACCCUCUGA